AAUGGCUCCAAGUUUCCAUUGACUACCGAAGCUGUUCAUCAUCAGGGGAGGGAGCAGGUUUAGGGUGCUGGUAAGCUCUUGCCUCCCCCCAAGACAUCAGGUGCCCAGCUAGCCAUCGGGUGGAACAAAGAACACAGGCAAUCUCUGGAAGAGCUAAGGGCCUGCUGCCCACAGUGCCCUCCUCCUGCUGAGCCGUAACAAGUCGUGCAGCCCAAGAGUGCGGCCAUGAUCAGCCCCAGAAGCGGCUCAAGUCGUUUGGACGCCAGCUGUGCCUCCAGAGCCGACGCUCCCCUUGCAGCUGCACACUUCCCCCCUCUUCUCUGCAACUGGUUGCUACACUCAGGACACACAAAUGGCUACUGUGCCAGACUAUUAUAAGCUUUUAGAGAUUCCACGGGAUGCCUCUGACAAUGAUAUUAAAAAAGCGUACAGGAAGAAAGCCCUGCAGUGGCACCCAGAUAAAAAUCCAGACAAGAAGAAAUAUGCUGAGCAAAGGUUCAAAGAAGUUACAGAGGCUUAUGAAGUCUUGUCGGAUAGAACCAAGCGUGAACGCUAUGACUGCUAUGGGGAGGGACUCACACCUCCAGCAGUUCCAGAGGGAGAAGAUUUGACAUUCACCUUCCGCAGCCCCUGGGAAGUUUUUCGUGAGAUGUUUGGGAGCUCAGAUGCCUGUGCCAAAAGGGAUGAUGACCUCCCAUGGUACUUACGAGGCCCUUUAUUUUCCAUCUCCAUUUCAGAAGAUUCAGGUGUUUCAAUUACAUUUGGCCCCAAAAGGUCACUGUGUUUCUUCUCUCUGGAUCCCAAAGUCUUCCACUUGAAAAACAUCAUAACCAGAAAAAGGUCUUCAGAGAAGGAUUCUGAACAAGUAGAAACCAAGGAAGAGCUGAAAUCUGCUGAUCCUUCUGAUGAGAAUCAAAGCAACAACGGAGAAGUGGAUAGUGAAUUACAGUCAGAAUAUGAAGCGGUGCCAGAAUACAAGGAUCAUGAUGGAUGCAAAUUGGAGCCUGAGUGUGAAGUGCUUGAUGAAGAUGAUGAAACUCCUGACGAAUAUGAUUCCUGCGAGUGGAAAAACACAAAUGAGUCAUAUGAGCUUGGAAAGGAUGAGGUACCCUUUGAUUAUCCUACAACUUCCAUUUAUGGCCCUCAGUAUGAUCCCGCCAACUAUUCUUAUGAGGUGUCUUCAGGAUGUACAUCUACAAAGAAAAAUGUUACUUAUUGUAAAUAUAUGGCCUCAUGCCCCUGUAACCCACAAAAUGCCUACGAAUCGUAUGAAUCGCAGUACGGCGGUGACUUCUCUGCUUAUGAUUCACAGUACGAUUAUGAAGUUUCUCCAUCUGAAUCACAAUAUGCAUACGAAACCUUAUUGAGGCAACAGUCUCGGUACAGGUACGGUAACUCUCCUCCAUAUGAGUGGCAAUGUGAUUAUGAGACCCCUCCACUGUAUGAAACGCAAUAUAGGUGCAAGAUUUCUCCUGUGUUUGAGCCUCUCUAUGAAUAUGCAUAUGAAUGCCCCAUACAGCAGAAUGAGUCACAAAUCCAAGAUUGCUUAACUGCAGAAUAUGAAUUGUCACCCAACUGGAACAAACUACAGAAGGAAAAGAAGUCUACUGGAAGCAGUAAUCCACAUGACCAAGUAGAACCACCUUUUGAAGAUACUAAUAACCUUCAGGGAUUGAAGGAUUUACCUGCUGCAUGUAAGCCAUUUGUUGGAGGGAAAGCAUCCUUGGGUAACAGCGAAGGAGGACCAAGAUGUGUUAGGAUUACUUCUAGAAAUAUAGCUUUACCUCCCGAUGAGCCGGGUAAUAGCCAGCAGGAUCCGCUACCAAAUGGAAUAAGGAAGCAGUGCUUAGAUGGCUCUGAAGGUCUUCUAGGUGGCAUGAAGAAAUUCCUGGAUGGAACAAAGAAACUUUUGUGUAGAGGGAGUCAACUUCCCAAAGAGGUCAUCCCAGAAGAAGGCAAGUGGAACCAGCUCCCAAAUGUGGUCAGCGCACCUCAGAGGGAAAUCAUCCAGUUGCAUGGGAGAUCUGCAGUUGUAGAAAAGUCCAGUUGGCCCAACAGCGAAAAGAAUUUGUGCAUAUGCAAGACAAUCCAUCUGCAUCAGCCAAGAGGAGCCAGCUGUACACGAGGGGGAGUGACAACACAUCUUCCAGAGAUUUCUGGCCAGCUACAAGGCAAAGGGAAUAGGGUUCCAGGCAGGGUCAAUUCCUCUCAUUUGCCUUCCCAUUCCAGCAGCUCCUAUGACUCUAGACCAAGGAGAACCUUAUAAAUCAUGGAUUGCCGGAAAGAAGCAUAAUAAAAGGCAGAUCUGAAAAUUU